CAAUUGCAGACUUCCACCAUGCCGCCGGUUAUCAAAAAAGACUCUGACAGAUGCCACAACUCGCCGCCACCACCUUACAGUAUCGUUAUGCAACAGCAACCGGCCCGCGAGCCUAUACAGAUCCAGCAACCUCACCUCGAACCUCAGUUAGAGGGAGGAUGGACGCAUGUUCCUCCCAUGAAUAUGGUGCGGCAGCAACAGUUCCAGCAAAUGCCAUCACCGCCAUCCACAAUGAACACUACGUCAAGUCAGUCGAAGAGUCGUGGAUUCGGAGGGCCAAUGGACGGAGGAGCGUCCCUAGAAGUUCUCUCAGUUCAAUACCCGAUGAUCAUGGCGCCACAGCAUGAAGAGAUUCAAGCAAUGUAUUCGGCAACCCCUUCUGUGCGGACCGACACAACUAUGGAGAUGCUGUCGCCUCAGCACAGUGUGAUCAACAGUCCGCCUUCACAUCUGGUACAGCAGCAACAGUCUCAGCAGAUGCUAUCCGGCUCGUAUCCAACGAACCUCCAGCCGUCGAGUGAGAAAGAGGACGCGGAGAAAUCGAGGAAGACAAGGAAGACAUCAUCGAAACGUGUAUCCCAAGACCUCCAAGCACAUGACAACCCCAACUUAGCACAGGAAACCAGUAGUGUCCAGCGAUUCUUCGGCGACACCAUGAUAGGCCGCGUAGCCCGAUCCUCGAUCCAAACCGCAGCCUCCACCAUGCGCAUGUCAAACACCCUCUCGCCCUGGGGCGACAACAACCCCGUCACCCUCCCCAACAUCCGCUACCGCGACGCCGUCCUCUUCACCACCUUCGAACUCGCAGGCGCGCCCCUCACCGACGCCAUCUCCGACUCCAUAUCAUCCACAUUCGGCGCCGAGCACCUCCUCUCUGAAAUCGUAAGCUCCACCGCCUCCGCCAUAGCCACAUCCCCAGCCGUCAAAUUCCCCGUCUUCCAAACCGCCGAGCAAGCCAUAGACCGCACAAUCCUCGACCCCCUGACCCCAGAUGAGCUCAAAAUCCUGCAAACCCCCGGCACCACCACCCUCCAAAUCAGCAUCCGCCACAACCUAAUGGGCGUCAACGCAGACCUAACCUUCAUCUCCCCCUCCCCUUCCCCAGACCCAAACGCCUGUGCAAAAGCCUGGUUCGCCCCCUACCUCUUCGCCACAGCCCGAACCCCCCUCAUCCCCCGCGCAACCCACUUCUCCGUCUGCGAGUUCCGCGGCCCAGCUUUAGCAGCCGACUACGCCCUCGCACCCAAACUGCUCUCGCACUCCCCAACCAUCCUCGCGCUCUGCGACCCUUCCUCUCCUUCUUCUUCUUCUUCCCGGCCGUCCAUCACCACCACACACAAUAACCCCCCCGCGCAGCAGCAGCCCCGCAUGGCCAUCUUCUUCACAGCCAUAUCCCCAUCCCACGACGGGUCCCCAAAAAAAGAAAAAACAUGGAGCUCCUCGCGCCGUCCCGGCGUCGGAACCCUCUCGUUCCACCUCUUCCACAGCUGCCCCGCCCUCGUGGUCCCCGUGUCCCAGCGUGCCCCCGUCCUCGCGUGGUCGGCCUACACCCUCGAGCAAAUCCUCUCUUCCUCUCCUUCUUCCUCGUCGCUCCCCGUGUCGUCGUCGUCUACUGGAACAGAUACUCGUACCGCGGCGCAACGAUAUCCAAUCGAGGUCCUGCAUAAACAGCUCUGCGGAUACUUGCUCGGCGAAGCGGGGGUUGAUCCUAGUGGUGUUUAUCCUGCUGUCGGUGCUAGUGGCGGGUGGAGAGCUGUGCUUGAGAGGUUUGUGUGGGUUCUUGUUUGUGCUGUUGCGAGGGUUGGUGGGAAUGAUGUUGUUGUGCGAGAUGAGAUUGAUCCGGCGAGAGCGGGGAUCGUCAUGUUUAGGUUUUAGA